AUGGCAUUAACUAUAGACUCUAUUUAUUACCUUGCGAGGUUCGCUAUUCACACUCUCGUUGUACCUUACGAUACUGUGAACCAUGUGCACCAUAUAUUAAGAGCUGUACUUGGUCUUGUAAGUGUAUGGGUACUUAUAGGAUGCCACUAUUAUCACACAUGUGCUAGUAGAGACGACACCCGAGUAGACCUCCUUGAGAUGAAGACAUAUGGAGAGAUUGACCCGGAUAAAGCACCUAUCGUGGUACUUGGAUGCGGCCACUUCUUUACUGCGGAAACUCUCAAUGGCCUUAUGGGAAUGGGAGAAGUAUACUUGGUGGAUGGAAAUGGCAAGUUCACUGGACUCAAAGACGUAUCUGCUGAACUAAGCCGGUUAAUACCUCGUUGUCCAGAUUGCCAGCGCCCGGUUAGACAAUAUGCUACGCAGUAA